CGCAUCGGAUAUGCUCCCACAUAUUCGCUUCCCUCGCCUUCCUCCCCUGCCGGUGCUGCCUGCUAGCUACUGCUGCUCCAACCAACACCCACCUCUGACCUCCUCGCCUCCCUAUAUUAAGCUCAGCGUCGCCAGUGUUUCGCCCUCCUCAUUCUCAUUCCAGCAGUUAGGUGAUCUACCAAGCUAGCGAUCGAGUUGUCUGGUUACAGAGAUAUAUAUCUAUCGGAUCUUAGGAUCACAUCAAAAUCUUGCAAGACGAUGAAGUUCGGAAAGCGGCUCAAGAAGCAGAUCGAGGAGAGCCUGCCGGAGUGGCGGAGCCAGUUCCUCAACUACAAGGAGCUCAAGCGCCGCGUCAACGCCGUCUCCUCCCCGGCGCCCUCCCCCGCCGCCGAGGCCGAGUUCCUCACGCUCCUCAACGCCGAGGUCGACAAGUUCAACGCCUUCUUCCUCGAGCAGGAGGAGGAGUUCGUCAUCAGGCAGAGGGAGCUGCAGGAGAGGAUCCAGCGGGCGGCCGAGGCCAAGCCCUCGCCGGCGGCGGACGCCGAGAUCGCGCGCAUCCAGCGCGAGGUUGUCGACUUCCACGGCGAGAUGGUGCUGCUGCUCAACUACAGCAGCAUCAACUACACGGGCCUCGCCAAGAUCCUCAAGAAGUUCGACAAGCGCACCGGCGGCGUGCUCCGCCUCCCCGUCAUCGCGGGCGUCCUGCAGCAGCCAUUCUUCACCACCGACCUCAUCUCCGAGCUCGUCAGGGACUGCGAGGCCAUGAUGGAGGCCGUCUUCCCGGCCUCCGCCGUCUCCGCCGCCAGCAGGGACCUCGAGGAGCGCCAGGCGCUCGCCGCCGCCGAGCAGAGCAUCUUCCGCAACACCGUCGCCGCGCUGCUCACCAUGCAGGAGGUCCGCAGCGGCAGCUCCACUAUCGGACACUUCUCGCUGCCGCCCAUGGCGCCGCUGCCGGAGUCCGACUGGCUCGUCCAGUCCGUCCAGGCGCCGGCGUCGCCCCUCAUCCCCACGCAGUGAUCGAUUUCCUCUCCUGCUGCGAUUCACCUGCCUGGAGUAUGUGUCCGUUGCACGACAGCAGAGCGUACACAAGAACGCACCCAUUAAUCUAAUGCGGUGCUACAAUUAAAUUAAUUAGAGGCUACCGUCUUUAUUUUAUUUUUUUGUCACGAAAUGAGCCGCAGUGUUAUACAAAUGCUGAAAAGAUCAGAUGUGUAAUUAUCACCCUGUAAUAUCACUCCUUUUCUUUUUCUUUAGAUGUGUGUGCUCUUGUCUUACUUUUACUAACUACUAGUAGGACUGUAGGGGUAAAUAAUGUAACAGGCAGGAUCAAUCAGCAUUGUUCUUGCAGUGAAAUUUUACCGGCAAAUCCAAUACCAUGCUGCGGAUUAAAUAUGCUCAAA